AUGCCGCCCCGGUCUGAACGUCAUCCGCCUAUUCCCCCGAACUCAACUGCUGGCAACGUCGUCAUCCCUGGACUACACCCUUCUCAAACCCCUGGACUAGAAAUAAGCCCACGCCGCAUAGUUCGGCCCCGCGAUGCUUCGAUCAUGCCCCCGUUAAACGGCAGUGCGCCUAAGAAUUCGUACCACCGAGGACAUUCACGCUCGAUCAGCAAUCCGUUCGCUGGGUUUGGGCGAAAACGGGACAAGACAUCUCCCAAGCAUGCGACCUGGGACUCUGACGAUGAUGAUGACGACGAGGUUACCUAUCCAUUGGAGCCCGAGUCGUCAAGUCCCCGGAAAGGUGCAGCUGGAAAUGAUAUCGUCGAGGGCAAGUGCCAGACUUGUGAUGCUACUGUCCGGUGGCCUCGGCACUUGAAGGUGUUUAGAUGCACCGACUGCUUGAUGGUCACAGACCUCGAGCCGAUGUCCCAUGAUUCAAAAGACAACCCCCCACAGGCGUCUCAGGGUGGAGCGUCCAAGUUGGCAAGCAAAGUCUUUCCUUUGACGGCCAAUCAAACCCGUGGUAUGAUCGGAGGAUGUCUCAAUAUGUAUUUCGAUAGUCUUUUGGACAAUGGGCCUCGGUCAUGGUCGUCGCCGGACGACGACCGAAGGAACAAACCGCUACCUGAUCUUCCACCCAUGCAGGCUGCUCCUUCCUCUAGUCCAAACAAUCUUGCACCCCCUCGCACUGGGGAUUCUCGGGGCCGCAGUGCUUCCAAUUCCAGUGAACGGGAAAGGUUGGCAGCAUCAAAGGAGAACUCAGGUUACUUGACACCACAGUCCGUUCACUGGGAGGGAAAUGACACGCCCGUUAGAGUCCGAGCAAAUUCAGAUCUCCGAUCAACUCCAAAGCUAGACUGCCACCCGCAAGAUGUCUCGCAAGCUGGGAACCCGGAGUUUCAAAGCUCAGACAAUCGGACACACAUUUUCAAACGGCUGGAAAAUACCAUCGCCACUGCCUUCAAAGGUUGUGAUUGCCUCAACGAAUCUUUCACGACAUACCCACCUCCUAGAUCUGCCCGAUCAGCGAGUAAUGGCAAUGCGCCAAGAGUGAGGAUGGAAGCGACCACAAUGCCUGAACCAGUGCAUGAUGCUCCUGUCUUUGAACCGGAUGCUAAAACUCUUCUUUUGGGAGAUUUGACCGAGAACUCUGCUUGGUGGAUGAAUGAGUGGGCUGAAACUGACGGCCAAAACCCUGCGUAUUCAAAAGAGAAGAGCGCCCCAAAGUCCCGGAUGAUAUCAUCGCGAAGUCCUCGGAUCAACUGGACUGAGUUAGCCCAGUGGUAUCAUUCAAUUCUGUCUGCGGGGAAUUCUUGGAGUGAGCUCUGGGCCGCAAAAAAACCUGACCCUACACGAUCAAAAGCUGAUUCGAUCCGAGCCAAGAGAUGGGCGUCUAUUGAUCCAUCCUUGAUUGGGAGACAAAUCAGCGAGUCUCGUUUGCACUUACAACGGGCACUGUUGAAAGCUACCGAGGCCACCCUCAAGCGCCCGCGCCGUGUUCUGAAGAAACCAGAAGAAACCAGGUUCUUGUUCAUUUUGCUAGCGAAUCCUCUAUUGUAUUCACCUACCGCUUAUUGCCAUCAUGCGCCCACCUUGCCGCCUCAUGGAGACGAUAGGCGCCCCUCGCAUCCAAAGGACUACCCGAAGUCGGCAACCCGAGAUGGAAAAGUCUCGCAGAAAGAGUCGUCCAAAGCCCCUGCUCGUCUAGAGGGCUCCAAUCAUCACUAUGGGAUUAUCAAACGAAUCCUGGGACUCAUGUCUAACCUGCCUAAUGACUGCCACCACUACAUCGUGUCAUGGGCUUCCCGUUUCUCUGUCAGACAUUUCGAGCGCCUGGUAGAGCUUGUCGGUGGAUUUCUCACCUACCGCUUGAGUCGUCAGCAUGGGCGAAAACGCCCUCAAAACUCCCAAAACCCUCAUAACGGAGACGAUCUAAUACCGAGUUUCGCCAGUGCUUCAGGAAAUACUGCUGCGGAACUUCACGCUGCAAUCAACCGAAGUACCACGAACAAGAAGCCUGGCAAAAAAACCGAAGACCCCAUAAUAUACGCCGAGGACUGGCAGGUCAGAGCGGCGGCAAGAGUAAUGUCGCUGUUCUUUACGGCUAACAUAUCCUCUUCAACGAGAAAGUCUGAUGGAACCCUGCGCAGUCUUGAAAUGCCCAAGAACCCCGGACCUCGUCAAGGACAUAUGAUUCCGAUCAGCACGUUUUACAACACACUGCUGGACUAUUCGGAUCUAGUGACGGACUUCGAGACCUGGGAAGCUAAAGUCGCGAGGUUUGCGUUCUGUCAGUAUCCGUUCCUCCUUAGCAUCUGGGCCAAAAUUCAUAUCAUGGAGCAUGAUGCGCGUCGUCAAAUGGAAGUGAAAGCACGCGAUGCAUUUUUUCAACAGUGUCCUCAACCACACGGCGGUUACCUCAAGGGAGUGAGUGAAGUUGUUGGUACUGGCCAAGAGGAAAUCAAAAAGGGUCUUCGGAUCGAAUUUUCGGGCGAAGAAGGCAUUGACGCUGGUGGCCUGCGGAAGGAAUGGUUCCUUCUGCUCGUUCGAGAGGUCUUUGACCCGCUUCAUGGCCUCUUCAUCUACGAUGAUGAUUCGCAGUACUGCUACUUCAAUCCUUAUUGCUUUGAGUCAUCCGAACAAUUUUUCUUGGUUGGAGUUCUUCUAGGUCUCGCCAUUUACAACUCCACCAUCCUUGAUGUUGAUCUCCCGCCGUUUGCGUUCAAGAAACUGCUGUCGUCAGCGCCGCACGCCAACGGUCCACAAACGGCUACCUCCAUGCGUUCGACCUUCAAAUGCACUCUAGAGGAUCUUGCCGAGUACCGGCCAACUCUCGCCAAAGGACUCCGGGGUCUACUAGAAUUUGAAGGCAAUGUUGCCGAGACAUUCUGCUAUGAUUUCGUUGCCCAGGUCGAUCGCUACGGCGAGAUAAUUAGUGUGCCACUCUGUGCAAAUGGCGAGAACCGGCCGGUGACCAACUCUAACAAGCGUGAGUUUGUGGAUUUGUAUGUCCAAUAUCUGCUAGAUGCAGCCGUGGCUCGACAAUUCGAACCUUUCAAACGCGGUUUCUUCACAGUUUGCGGUGGAAAUGCGCUAUCACUGUUCCGACCAGAAGAGAUCGAAAUGCUAGUCCGCGGCUCAGAUGAACCACUCGAUGUUAGUUCGCUCCGGGCCGUGGCCACCUACGACAACUGGUCACACCCACGACCAGAAUCGCUCCCCGUUGUGCGAUGGUUCUGGGACUUCUUUGAGAAAUCACAGCCCCAAGAUCAGCGCAAGAUCCUGUCAUUCAUUACUGGCAGCGAUCGAAUCCCUGCCAUGGGGGCUACAAGCCUUAUUAUCCGACUCGCUUGUCUUGGGGAUGACUGUCCACGUUAUCCGAUUGCGCGUACAUGUUUCAACACGCUUGGCCUUUACCGCUAUCCCACGCAGGAGAAGUUCCAGCGGCUGCUCUGGGAUGCAGUUGUAAAUAGCGAAGGAUUUGGCUUGAAAUGA